UAUUCUAUGGGCGCACGUGGGAAUCUGAAUCUGCACAGCGUUCGCGGCGUUUGCGCGACGCAUGUUGCAGAGACGCUCCAAAGGCGCAGUAUUGUUUUAAGAGAGGCAAUUGAUUCCAGGUGAAAUGGAGGAUGCGGUAUUUGAAGAUCACCCCAUAACGGGUAAACGCCAAUUCGCCUAUUUUCACAAGGAAUAUGAUCACUACCAAGGUGUCGCGAGAAUUGCGUUUGGCGACAUGCUCCACGACGAAGAACGAAACCAAAAGUACCAUCUCGCGUUAUGCGACGCUAUUGAUACGGUCCAUGCGCAUGGAGCAAGGGCGAUAGUUCUGGACAUCGGCACCGGUUCUGGUCUUUUGGCAAUGAUGGCAGCAAAGCACGGAGCUGAGGUUGUGUACGCGUGCGAGGCAUUUCAGCCUGUUGCAAAGUGUGCAGAGGACGUUAUGGAAGACAACGGCCUCAGAAAAAGAAUACACCUCAUUCCAAAGGCCUCUACAGAGUUGGAAGUUGGACCAGGCAAAGAUAUGAAAGAGAAAGCAAACAUCAUUGUGGCAGAAGUGUUUGACACGGAGCUAAUUGGCGAAGGUGCAAUUGAAACGUUUGCUGAUGCACUUUGUAGACUUGCGCAGCCUGAUUGCAUCACAGUACCUCAUGCAGCAACAGUGUAUGCUCAGGUGGUGGAGUCAUCAUUCUUGAGAAGCUACCACAUACCAAAUCCCAUUCAAGUGACACCUGAGCUUAUAGUCGAGGUGCCUGCAUCAGUGCGAACUUGCCCUGGCAUCGCUGCUGUGCAUGACAUUCAGCUGAGCCAGCUGCAGCCGGAUGAUUUUGUGUGUGUCACUGACCAGAUGCCUGUUUUCAGGUUCGUUUUCUCUGAAAUUGAGACACUGACAUUUAAUGAAACUGCGGUUGUGCACCUAAAGAUAAAAGUUGGUGGCACCUGCCAUCUUGUUGUGAUGUGGUGGGUGUUGGAGAUGAACCCAAGUGACAGCAUCCACUUGUCCUGUGCACCUUACUGGGCUCACCCCUCUGGCAAAGCGCAACCGUGGCGGGACCACUGGUUGCAAGCGGUUUACUACCCACCCUAUGAAGUGACUGUUAGUGCCAAUGAAGAAAUUACUUUGGUUGCACGAAGGCAGGGCUACAACAUGUGCGUUUUAAUUUCUUUGAGUCGCUCUGCUAAGACUCCUGAAGUGCCUUUCUGCCGCUGCUCUCUUCAUGCCAAUGUGAGCCGUACCAGAAUAGGUGCACUUGGUGACCGCUCUCGCCAUGCAAAGUAUGCUGCCGUACUCCAAAAGGUCAUCAAUGAGGACAGUGUGUGCCUCUGUGUCGGCAGUGACAUUAUGCUUCCCAUGAUGGCCUCCAUGCUUGGAGCAAAAGAGGUUUACGUUGUUGUGCAAGAUACCUAUGUUUAUUCUUUGCUAGAGGAAUACACUAAGCAAAAUGAAGUUUGCAAUAUAGUUGCAAUCAAAAAAGAUGCACUCUGCCUCUCUGAACAAGACGAGAAGAAAAAGGCAUUUGUGCUGCUUGGUGAGCCACACUUCAGCACCAGCAUCCUACCAUGGCAUAACCUAAAAUUCUGGUACCAAAAAUGUUCACUGCAACACCUAAUGGGCCCUCCAGACUCUAUUGUAACCAUUCCUCAAGGCUUCUGUUUAAAAGGGGUGGCAGUUCACUUCAGGGACCUCUGGAAGAUUAGAGCUCCUAUUCAAGCCACACAAGGUUUCAACCUGCGUUCAUUUGACCGGCUGGUUCAGGAUGCCCAGUUCGUCGCUGAUGACCGUGUGGAGCCCCAACCACUGUGGGAGUACCCAUGCAUGGCCAUGACACAAGAGUUUACAAUUGUCAAGCUUGACAUUACAAAAGACCCUGAAUCAACAGGCAUGAUAUCAUGUACUGGAGAGGUGCUGUUUGAAAGGCAAGGUGACUGCAAUGGAGUUGCAUUGUGGGCAGAAUUCAUGCUUGACGACUCGAACACGGUCACAUCUGGUCCCACAAAAGCUAUUGUUCCAGGUGAACAAAUAAUUUGGGACCGUUUUGCCCGUCAGGGGGUGCAAUUUUUGAACGGCACCAAGUUGGACCCUAAAGCUCUCAAAUGGGAAUUUACGUUUGAUUUCUCAAGUGGCCUUACAACCUUUGGUUUCGAUGUGCAAUGACUUGACUUGUGUUUGGACCAGUUGACUGUUUCGUAACAGCCAAGAGUAUGCUGUGGAUUCCAACAUUGUGCCUGCAAAGGUGUGCAUUUUUUUUUUUUUUUAAGCAGCAAGUCAGCUUGUGUUGUGCUUUUAAUUUGGACCAGUUGACUGAUGUCAGCUCUUUCGUCUGUAAGUUAUUUCCAAUAAAAAGUGAAAUGUG